AUGGCAAACUUGCUUGAAUGCACCGUCACGCAGAAGCGGUCAAGGCGCCAUGCUCCCAAAGUUCGCACAGGAUGUGUCACUUGCAAAGUCAGAAAGAUCCGCUGUGAUGAAAAGAAGCCAAGCUGCGAGAGGUGUACCUCGACGGGCCGCCGAUGUGAUGGGUACGUCGUCUUGAAGCCUCUUCUCUUCGAAAUACCUCAAGACAAGGACGAACGAUGGGGUUUCUACUACUUUCGGGAUAGGACUUCGAAGCAACUCCUCAGUCUUUCCCGUCACGAUUUCUGGAACCGCCUGGUCAUACAAGCCGGCUAUUCUCGUGGUAUUGUUCGGCACGCGCUGGUCGCAAUUGCCUCUUAUCACGAGAGUGUCGACAAUCCUGACCAUUUUCGGCAGCUGGAUCGCCAGCGCUUCGCAAUUUGGCAAUACAACAAGGCCAUCAAGAGCCUACUCGAUGCUGGAAUUCAUGGUGAUAUUGAGGACGUCUUGUUGGCGUCGAUUUUGUUCACCUUUUUUGAAAACGUUCGAGGGAUGUUGUCAAAUGCUCUGGUCCACCUCCACGCAGGAUUACGGGUUCUUACCGAAUGGCGAUCUUUGCACGGAUCUUGGGACAAGGUCAAGCCCUCCACUCGGUUUGUUGAAGAGCAUCUUGCGCCCAUUUUAGGUCAUCUCCAGGACUUGGCUGCCACCCUGAUGCCGAUACGACCAGACCGGCUGAAGAUAACCUCAACUGAUCCGCCAGAAUGUUUUCAAUCUCUCCAAGAGAGCCACUUCUACUUCAACAAGAUAGUUCAUGGUCUUUGCAGCAGCCUCCAACACGUCCACGAACGAGACACAUGGCCUUAUGGUGAUCAAAGCAUCAUUCACGACGGGCGGGUAGUGCUGUGGGCAUGGUAUAAUUCAUUCACCAAGUUUCUUGGCGAGGUGAGACAUAACGUCCACCUUUGCUCCACUCAUUCGUCUCCUUGCCACUUCGAAGUUGGAGCCUGCUAUCUUCAAAUGCAAUUCUGGGCGGCCAUAAUCCGGCUGGAGUCAACGAUAUAUCGAUCUGAAAUGGUGUUCGACAGCCAUUUAUCUGAAUUCCAAGCUCUACUUGACAUGACUACACGGCUCGCGGACAUGCUCGAUAUGGAAGAGGCUGCUGGUGCUGAUGCUUGCCUGGGCUUCCCGGUAGAAUACCUUGCCGUGGCAGCCUUCAUCGCUUUGCGUUGUCGAGAGUCCGUCAUCCGCAGGGGCGCAAUUGGUUUGAUGCGAUCUCAUCCCAGGUUAGAAGGCAUUUGGCAAAACACAGUGGCAGCCGACCUUGCAGAAUUCAUCGUGACCCUCGAAGAAACAGAUAGCGCUACCAACGAUUUCCCCAGCUGUCAUGAUAUACCUGAACACAGUCGACUUCAGCUCCUCGCAUGCAAUUUUCUCUUGUACGAUAAGAGAAGCGAACGCUUCCGAAUGGUUUACGGCGUCUCCUCCCCAGAUGUGAUCAAGAUCAGGGUUAUUCGCUCUGGGAUAAGGCCGGUAGACCAAGACUUUGAAACUUUCUGGAUCGGCCUUCGCCCAGAACAGAGUAUGGUCAUGCGCGAAGACUCUCUUCCUAGCGAUGUGUCAGGUCUCUUCCCGCAAAUCGUCGAAACCGAAUCGAACCUGUGGCGACAAAUCGACAACGGGAAGUUGGCCGAAUACCUCGAAAGAUCUGCCGCUUCCCAUAUUUGUGGGAAUAUCAAAGGUAUUCAGGGAGGACAUCAGUAA